AUGGUCCAGGUUUUAGCACAUGCCGUUGAAGAUAAUAAAGUAGGUCUUGUGAAGGUGUAUAUUGCCGCUCAAGGGUUAAACAGUUUUAAUAAAAUACACUUCAACACUCUCCUGUGAUAUGUAUUAGACUGAGCAAAAUAAUUCAGUUUUAUUGAGUUUCUCAUUCAAUUCAUUGGUGAGCAGAUUUCCUAACCUUAUCCGAGAAGACACAUAAGUUAUAACCAUGCACUUCAACUUUGUUAAUUAUAGCCAAAAUUUCCAAUAUUUUAAUUUCAAACAUGAUGAAGUUGAAAACAAUUGCUUGAUUAUUGUUUGGUUUUUCUGUAGGUUGGAAUUAUUUUGGUGUCAUGUGCUAUGUGUAGUAGUAUACAGUGUGAUCUGGCACAGGAAUAUCAACUUGUACAAAAUAAGACGUCCAGAGAGAUUUUGAAGUGUUCUAAAUGUAGGCCUUGUAAACCUGGAUCUGAACCAGAACCACCGUGUGGUUCAGUUGUUGGUGUUACAGAUUUAAUUGGAAUUUGCAACCCCUGCAAAGAUGGUUUCUACUCGGCAAAUGAAGACAUGCUCCAAUGUCAACGGUGUCAAAGUGCGACAUGUUUCACACAUCAGAUAGUUGUGGAGAUAUGUAAGAAAGAUGAACCCGAUACUUCGCGUUGCACUAGUUGUCAAAAAGGCUAUGUUAUGAACAGCAAUGCAACUGCAUGCGUGGUGGACAAACAGCAGACGACAACCGGCCUGUCAACUGUUACAACAAAGGGUCCAACUCUGUCAAAUAAAACUGAUGGAGAAACUGGGUUGUCAGUUGCAAAAACUGGGUUGUCAGUUGCAGAAAUCAUUCUCAUUGUCAUUUGUUCAUUACUCAUUGUAACGUUACCAUUUGUUGGCCUAUGUUGCCACUUAAAGCAUAGAAACACAAGUCACACUCAGAGAGGUAAUUUAUCCAAUGCUCGAAACGUCAAGUUUCUGCUUGUUUAUUUCAGGUAGUAAUAUAACCACUCAGCACAGCAUUUUGUUGAAAUAUAUUUACAUGUUGAAACUAUACAUUUACAUGUACAUGUCACUAUAAUCCUAUGUUUACCAUGUUCGAAUUAAAGUUGUAAAAUAUUCCUAAUACAAUUUCCUAAAACUUACUGGGCUGACCUAAAUAACAAGCUCUGCUCAGUCCUGAUUCAAACUGUUAUAAUAUUACCCUGACCCUGUUCAAACCAUUCCAAAAUAGUCCAAUUUUGUAUGAAAGUUUUGAAUAUAAAGCCAAAGUAUGUUAGCUGUAGCAUGAGCAUCAUAAAUGUCACUCUAAAAGAAAUACUAAGAAUCAUAUAUAAAUAUUCAUCUUAGGUAAAGAUGAGGAAAACAGUUCAGCAAAUAUUAGUACAAUUACAUUAUCGAAUGGAACCAAGGAUAAAGGAAAUGAAACAAUUAUACCCCUGCAAGGUAAUUACGUAUUGAUUUAUGUGUACCCUUUAGAUUAGCUUUGUGUUCUUCCAGUUCAAUUACGACACGUUUAUUUUUGCACAAAUGUAGAAGAAGAUCAGCGCAAUGGUUUAUCUACAUCAGAUGGACCCCAUGUCACUGAACCAACAGCAAAAUUUGGUAUCUUCAUCAACUGUCCUGUUCUGAUAUUGAAUUUGUGUUCUAUUAUUGUCAUUCAAUUUGAGUCUAACUUUAGAAUUUCAUUUCUGUGCAUUUAGUUAAUUCAAGCCAACCAACCAUUAAUGCAGGAAAUGAAGUCAGUGAUACACCUCUCAAUAAUAUUGUGGCAAACAAUGGGCUAGGUAAAUGUCAGUUAUGAAUUGAUAUUUCCAAUAUUUUUAAAAUGAAAAAUUUUGGAAUCUGUAACUUUAUAUGUUAUUGUAGCAAUCUCACCAGAACCAUUGAUUCCACAAAGUGCAUCUGCUGCAGUGGUCCCAAAUUAUCUCCACAAUAAUCCACAUCUUACAGUGUUUGAUGAUCUUUCAUUACAAAUAUAUGAUGAAAUAUGUGGAACUUUUGAUGGAGGUGCACCUUUGAAAGAUUGGAGGGCCCUGGCUGGCUGGCUGGACUUAACUGUUAAAGAUGUCAAGGGAAUUGAAAUAAGGGAAAACAAUUACAAAACCAGUCAAGUAAUUCAAAGAUGGGCAGUGGCAACUGAAAACACUGUAGCUAAGUUUGUUAAAAUUUUGGAAGAACAUGGAAUGACAUGCUUGGCUGACAAGAUUAAUAACUGCAUACGUAUUUAA